AUGUCUUCCAUGCAUAAAUUGCCUGGAAAUGGGUUAGAAGAGUUGGGUAUUCCUGGUCAAAAUUAUUUGCGGGAAUCUUUAACUAGUUGUACUGACCCUUUAAAAGCAAUAGAAGAAUUUCAGCUCGAAAAUGGUAUCCUGCUGCCGUCUUUACGCCCAAUGUUACCCAUGUUAGAUCUGCAUGGAGUGAGACGACUAGAUUUUCAUACAUCAGUUGUUGAAGAACUGCGUGAUAAGCUAAUUGCUCAUAUAAAUGAUAUAGGUUCAAAAGAAGGAAGAGAACGAGAUAAAAAACUGAAAGAGCUACUCUCAAAAUCGUUUCCAGUUGUACGAGUAAAAGCCUUGAGACCAGUUGUUAUGUGCAUUUUGAGGAAUACACCGCAUAUUGAUGACAAGUACUUAAGGGUUUUAGUGAGAGAGAGGGAAUUAUAUAUUGAUACACCUACAGAAGUUAAAAGACAAAUUUGGAAGGAUAAUCAAUCAUUGUUUGGAGAUGAGGUCUCACCUUUAUUAAGUCAAUACAUCAGAGAGAAAGAGGAUGUUUUAUUUGAUCAUUUAAAUUUGAAUAAUUUGUUUUUUUCGCCCAGUCCUAAAGUCAGAAGACAAGGAGCUGUAGUACAGAAGCUUGCAAAUAUGAUUGGUAAUAGUUUGAAAUUGUAUGACAUGGUACUGCAAUUCUUGCGUACACUUUUUCUGCGAACAAAAAAUGUACAUUAUUGCACACUGCGGGCAGAAUUGCUUAUGGCUUUACAUGAUUUGGAAAUUCAGGAAAUAAUAAGUAUAGAUCCAUGUCAUAAAUUUACUUGGUGUCUUGAUGCUUGUAUAAGAGAGAAAAAUGUGGAUAUUAAAAGAUCACGAGAACUGCAAGGAUUUUUAGAUAAUAUUAAACGUGGACAAGAACAGGUAUUAGGAGAUUUAUCAAUGACUCUUUGUGACCCGUAUGCAAUAAACUUUUUGGCUACUUCUGCAAUCAAAAUUCUGCAGCAUCUGAUAAACAAUGAUGGUUUACCUAGAGAUAAUCAAAUAUUAAUUUUAUUGUUGCGUAUGUUGGCUUUGGGACUAAGUGCUUGGAUCAUGAUUGAUUCACAGGAUUUUAAAGAGCCUAAGCUAGAUCCACAAGUAGUAACUAAAUUUUUACCUGCACUUAUGUCUCUUAUGGUUGAUGAUCAAGUUAGACAUUUGCAUUCCAAACUACCUCCUGAUGAGCGUCAAUCUGCAAUUACCAUUAUUGAACAUUCAGGCCCUGCACCCGAUGCCUGCGAAGCAUACAUUCAAGAUAGUUCAGUAGCAAGCAUUCUUGCAAUGUACUACACAUUGUCAUCUGCUAGACAUAAAGACAGAAUUGGAUUAUUACGAAUUCUAGCAAUUUUAGUUAAUUGUCAACAUGAUCGAUGUUUUGAAGAUUCUUUUUUACAUACAUUAGUGGCGUUGUUAUUACCUAUGAGUGAAGAAUUUACAACUGAAGAUUUCUGCACAGGAUUGUUUGAUGAGUUUUUUUCUAAUGGCUUAGGAAAAGAGAAUGUAGUAAAACAUUUAUUGAAAUUGUUAUGGUAUGUUCAUGGUAAACUUCCACAAGCUAGAGUAGUUUUAUUGAUGAAAAUUCUACAGCCGAGCACACAGCAUAAUGAACUGACACAUAAGAUAUAUACAUCAUUGCAAGAACGAAUUGGUGCCCAAGUUGAAACUCAGUUACCUAAUUUGGAUAACUUAGAUGCAAGUUUAAUGAUGGAUUCACCUUUAAUGAGUGUUCCAACUCCUAGGCCUUAUCAUUAUUAGGAUAAAAUUAUUAUUUACAAUUAAAUAGUGUUUUUUAUAUAAGCAAGAAAA